CUCGAUCCUGCUUCUCUCUGAUCGCUACUCGGUUUGUUUCUCGAGUGACUCAUUGUGCCCCUUCCUACAAGUAAGCCAGCAUCGGGACUCAAUAGCAGGCGAGGCCGACACAAGCGGCCGCGUGCGAGGCAUCAAUCACGCGGCGCCUGAGGGCGGAACAGAAACACUCUCCUGAGGACCCGCGUCAGCAGACGCACGCCCCAGCUCGUCGGGCACACUCGGCCCCUGUGAUAUGGGGAUGAAACAAACUCACACGGCGCGAGAAAUGGCUUAAGAUGAGAGGGGUGUACAAACCAGCUCCGCUUACCAAACCGAAUCUAGGACACAUUGCGGCCGCACGACCCGAACCACAUCAACUGGCACUCUCUAUGGUUGCAGAAAUUUGGGAGAUGUGCCCACCGGCACCUGCGGACAAUGCAACCAGGCCCUGUCCCCCAGCGACCAAUCGCACAGGGAAACACGGGCUCCUUUGAGCCGCUCGUUGGACAACUGUCUGGCCCAGGAGUUAACACUGGCAGCUUCCCGCGCCUCGGGAAGUUUGGCAAGCGUGAACCGAACCGAAUAAAACAUUUUGGACACUUUCGGGGCGGGUGCGGCUUGUAAAUGCACAUCGAUGGGAGGAUCAUACCCCCUCCCAUACAUCAAAAAGAAGGGAGAGUAGCGGUGGACGCGUGAGGGGUCAUCCUAUAAACGGAGAGAACUGCAGGAAUAUGCAAGUCCCAAUCACCCUGUGACUCGCUGACGAAGUGACCCAACAUGGAAGUCAGAGUCCAGUGUAGGCGUUCGACCAUGCCAUCUGUUUGCGGGUGGUACGGCGACAUGCGUGCCUUUUUCGUCCCCCCAGCAAAUCGCAAACAUCACGCAGCAACUUGAUCCGCAAAGAGGCGCUUAGGGGCACCCUUAUCCAGAACAUAGCCAUUGAGGAAUGCCUCAAUAAUAGUCACAGCCGAUUGAUUCAGGAGCGGCCAGGCCAUAGGCCAGCGUAAGAAAUACUCAACGCCCACGAGCAAGUACAUAUUUCCACGCGCGGAAGUAGGAAACGGCCCGAGAAUAUCAAGGGCAACUGUUUCGUUAACACGCGACACCUGGAUGGAUUGCAGCGGAGGGCAACAGGAUUUCGCUGGCGGCUUCCUCCGGGCACAUUGCACGCAGCCCUAAAGCAGAUCCUCGACGUCGAAGGCCAUGGCCAGCCAAUAAAAAUCCAAAUAAAAGCAGCCAGUGUCUUUUGCACUCCGAGAUGCAACAAUCGUUAAUGCACAGCCCAUAAAACCUCGCCACGCAAGGUGGUAAGGACAACAAUAGCAUAACGGCGCAAUCCUCCGUCCCAUUACAUGAGCUGCCUGCCCCGCAGGACAAACGAGGCAACACGUCGCGGAGCCGUGCCAUCGGCAGUCUCCCUGACACACCGGCGCAACUUAAGGAGGAACGCGUCCUCUGCCUGCCGGCGUCCCCACACCUUGUAGUCCAACCCGAUAACCGCAUCCCGUGUGGCAGGGACGUCGCCCGUCCAGCCCAUCGGACGCAACGAGAGGGGAGUUGAUCGGUCGACAAAGACCUGGAACCCGAAAAACAAGCAUACUCCCCACCCGCUGGCAAUCGUGAUUGGGUGUUGACGUUCGUAUGGCGAGAACCCUUACGAUACGUGACUUGGAAUGAAAAAUCCUGUAGGAUUUCAAGCCAGCGUGAUAAUUGCCUGAGGGCUGAUCCACACGCAGCGCGUACUGGAGCGCCGCGUGAUCGGAGCGCACCUGGAAAUGUAUCCCGUACAAGUACAGCCAAUAUUGUUGCACAAAAACCACAAUGGCCGAUAGUUCCCAGCACAUUACACAGUACCGCUGCUCGGCAGGAGACAGCACCCUGCUACCAUACGCGACAACGUACUCCACGCCAUUUACAACUUCGGAUAACACCGCACCAAUGCUAGUAUUGGUGGCGUCCAUGUCUAACACCAAUGGCAACGAAAAGUCGGGAUAACGCAGGGGAGGGGCGUUACCAACCCAUCACGAAUGGAGCGGAACGCAGCUUUCUCCUCCUCCCCCCAAUGACAUUUUUGGCCCUUAGCUGUCAAUGCGUGGAGAGGUUUUGCAAUAGAUGUGAACCCCGUGACAAAUUGGCGAUAGUAAGAGGCAAAGCCAAUAAAACUGCGCACCUCGCUGGCCGAGGUGGGGGUUGGCCACAUCCGAAUGCAAGAAGUUUUCUCCGGGUCUAUCGCGAUUCCCGAUUCGCUGACUAUAUGGCCCAAGUAUCGAAACGAUUUUUGGAGUAGGUGACAUUUUUGGGGCUUGAAUUUCAGGUCGGCCACACACAUUUAACGAAAACAGCCUGCAGGCGAUUCAAAUGCUCAUCGAACGUGCGACCAAAAGCAAUGACAUCGUCCAAAUAUAUUAGGCACGAAUCCCACUGGAAGCCCACUAAAACCAACUCCAUCAAAUUCUGAAAGGUGGCCAGUGCGGAGUGGAGCCCCAUCGGAAGCCGGUUAAACUAAAAACCUUUGUGGUGUUCGAAAUGCCGUCUUGGGCCUUGAAGCCUCAUCAAGUGGCAACUGCCAAGAGCCCGACAGAAGGUCAAGGGUGGAAAAGAACCGCGUGUCCUCCAAAGCGUCCAACAAAUUGUCCAUACGAGGCAAGGGGUAUGCAUCCACAACAGAAACCUUGGUGAGCUUGCGGAAAUCAACACAAAACUGCAAACUGCCAUUGUGCUUUUUAACAAGUAUGAUCCGAGCACCCCAUGGACUGGUGGAUGGCAAGAUGACAUCUGCGGCCAACAUCUCAUCAACUGCCGCCCGAACGUGUUCCUUUUCGGCCAGGCUCAGGCGAUGAAUCACAUGGAGCAGAGUGACUUGGAACAAGCUGGAAUUAAAAGACACAAAUGCAUCCAGUGUCCAUACAGCACGGAUCAGAUGAGCAACUUGAAGAAUCAUUACAGAACUCACACUGGAGAGAAGCCCUUCAAGUGCACUGUGUGUGGGAAGGCAUUUGCGCAAUCACCAUAUCUUAAAAUACACCAGAGAACACACACAGGCGAGAAGCCCUUCAAGUGCGCUGUGUGUGGGAAGACAUUCACAUGGUUAUCAAAUCUUGACAGUCAUCAGAAAACGCACACUGGUGAGAAGCCCUUCAAGUGCACUUUGUGUGGGAAGACAUUUACAUGGUUAUCAAAUCUUAAUAGCCAUCAGAAAACACACACUGGUGAGAAGCCCUUCAAGUGCACUGUGUGUGGGAAGACAUUUACACAGUCAUCACAUCUUGACAGCCAUCAGAAAACGCAUACUGGUGAGAAGCCCUUCAAUUGCACUGUGUGUGGGAAGGCAUUUACACGGUCAUCACACCUUGACAGCCAUCACAAAACACACACUGGUGAAAAACCCUUCAAAUGCACUGUGUGUGAGAAGGCAUUUAAAGAAUCAGGAUGUCUUCACAUUCACCAGAGAACACACACAGGUGAGAAGCCCUUCAAGUGCACUGUGUGUGGGAAGGCAUUUUCACGGUCAUCAUAUCUAAACAGCCAUCGGACAACACAUACUGGUGAGAAGCCCUUCAAGUGCACUGUUUGUGAGAAGUCAUUUACACGGUCAGGAACUCUUCAGGAUCAUCAGAGAACACACACAGGUGAGAAGCCCUUUGUGUGCACUGUGUGUGAGAAGGCAUUUAAAGAUUCCGGAUCUCUUCGUAUUCACCAGAGAACACACACAGGAGAGAAGCCCUUCAAGUGCACUGUGUGUGGAAAGGCUUUUUCAUGGUUAUCGAAUCUUGACAGACAUCAGAAAACACAUACUGGUGAAAAGCCAUUCAAAUGCACUGCGUGUGAGAAGGCAUUUAAAGAUUCAGGAUCUCUUCGUAUUCAUCACAGAAAACACACAGGCGAGAAGCCUUUCAAGUGCACUGUGUGUGAUAAAGCGUUUGCAGAGUCAGGAACUUUUCAGAAACAUCAGAUUAUACAUUCAGGCGAGAAGCCCUUCAAGUGCACUGUGUGUGGGAAGGCAUUUGCACGGUCACAAGCCCGAAAGGCGCAUGAGAAGAUCCACAAGGAGACGGAGGUAGAAUUAAGAAGUGAAAGACAAAGUGCUACAUUGAGGACAUCUCGCAUAGAACAAGAACCACAAGCAAACCCCAGUUUUGAAACAUGGCCAGGUGUGAAGGUGGAAUGUGAAGAAGUGAAGGUGGAAUGUGAAAAAGUGAAGGUAGAAUGUGAAGAAGUGAAGGUGAAAUUUGAAGAUGAAGAUUCGACUCCAGGACCUGACCUCCAGGUGGAUGGAGGCAAGGUGAAACAGGAGAAGCAUUCAGACUCUGAGGGAGAGCGAGGGAACCUCCAUGAGUUUGUGGAGGAAUUGUGGGUGAAGAUUUUGGACAGAGCAAAGUAGGAGGAACAUGUGAAGCAGAUUCUGUGAAGUUCUGUAACAAGGAACGUAACAGAAAGAAUCUCCAAAGCGUUCACCUUAUUCACAGGCUUCUCUCAUUACAAGGUUGCAUGCAGCUGUAGGCAUCAUCCAGGCAGAGAUGAGUUUUCGUUUAAUUUAGUUGCUCCAGAGUUUUGGAACCACCUAAGAAGUUUCAUAUCUUAAAAACACCAGAGAACACACACAGGCGAGAAGCCCUUCAAUUACACUGAGUGGGAAGGCAUUUACAUGGUCAUCACACCUUGACAGCCAUUAGAAAACACACACUGGUGAAAAACCCUUCAAAUGCACUGUGAGAAGGCAUGUAAAGAAUCAGGAUCUCUUCAUAUUCACCAGAGAACACACACAGGUGAGAAGCCCUUCAAGUGCACUGUGUGUGGGAAGUCAUUUACAUGGUCAGGAACUCUUCAGGAUCAUCAGAGAACACACAGGAGAGAACCCCUUCAAGUGCACUGUGUCCUUAUUGACUCUAGGACCCGACCUCCAGGUGGAUGGUGGCAGCUUGAAGCAGGUGAAUUCGAACUCUUGACGGGGAGAGUGAGGCGAUCCUUUGAGUUUGUGGAGGUGUGGAUGGAAUUUAUGGACGAUGUAAAUAGGAGGGAUCGGCACAUGUGAAAUGGAGUCUGGUAAAAUGUGACACUCGGAAAGUGAGAGAGAAUCUCCAUAGUGUUAGUUUUAUUCACAGGCUUCUCACUACAAGAUUGCAUGCAGCUGGAGGCAUCAUCCAGUUCGAGAUGAGCUUUCAGUAAUUAUAUUAUUGCCGUGCAGUUGUAAAAUAUUGUUGAUUUGAAAAGUAGUGGUAGCAUUACAAAUUGUUGGUUAUGUAUAAAGCGUGUUUGAGUCUAUAUAUGAACCUUAUGGCGUGACCCCGGGGUCCGAAAUAAACGGAAGUAAAAAUCGUAAUUAUUUUUUUGGCAACUCCGUCACUCCGUGCACAUAAACGCUUUGACCCAUCUGGCGCGGAUCAUUCUGUUAUGUCGCCCAAGCGCAGUGAGGACGAUUGCGCAGAAGAAACAAAACUUUGAUUAGCACAUAGUGUAGAGCUCGUCGAGAGGAAUAGAUUGCCGUAUGGUUCGCCUUCAACAGACAUAAAAUGACGUUGCAACGCAGUUUAUGCAAGAGCCGGGGACUUAUGGGACCCCAGGGUCCCACCAUAAGGUUCAUAUUAACCUUUGGACAGUGCAGCGUAAGCAAAAAUAGCGUUAAGCGAAAACAAUUUCCCUAUAAGUAAAGUAGUAAGGAUAACGUUUGGCAAUAUACGUGGUACUACUCACACCACACAUAUGGCGGGACAAAUAACUGAGGGUACUUUGCCACUGCGUUACUGUAUUAUUCUGCAUUACUGUAUCACUGUACCACUCAGCUGCGCACCUCAAGAAAGUAGUUGUCCACUGCUCAGAAACUGCAUUGCAACGGUGCGCAUUCCGCGUUGUGCUAAAAGUGUUCCCGAAUGGAAGAACCACGUGAUAGUAAAAACGCGUUGUUUGAACACCACACGUUAAGCAAGGAUUUUCUGAAUUAUGAAAACGGAUUCCACGUGUAGCUGUACCUUUCGGUUUGCUCUGUUAUUAAAAAUGCUUUUUAGCUGCAUUUACUUGAAU